AUGAGACUCUGCUCGAUUAUACUCCUUGCGGACACAGGCGUGAUUGGGAAUCACACUGAACCCUCUCUCCUGGGGGUGCCAUCCAUGCCACAAGGCCUCAACCCCAAAAUGAUGACCAGAGAUGCAGCCCCACAACACCUCUUACGGAUGAUAACCUGCGGCUGCACAAAGGGUUGUGGGAACGCGUGCAUCUGCAGGACUGCAUGCACUGUAGCGGGGCCUCUUGUGACAAUAUACCUGAUGUUGCAGUAG